UAAGAACAUGUGCAUAUACUGUACUUCCUGCUGUGCCCCACCGGACAUGAAAGGAAUGACACUAUCUUCACAGAAAUUGACUCCUGUACUCGUCUCGUCUUUCUUCAGCAACCCCCCCCCCCCCCCCCGCAUCGCCCUAGUUUGAAAAAGGAAAACAUCACUGGAUAUUUACUCGCAGACCAACGUGGUGGAAAGGUUUAUAACAGACUGCCACAUCGAGUCUUCCACUCAUUAGCCCUUUGCAAUCCCACCAAUCACACCCAAGGAGUAUAACGAGCUCAGAGGCAUCACCGUGUUCGCUUUAUCCAUCUCUGUCUGCCGGCGCUACCACCAAUACCAUCCCUUUCUUAUGGGAGUGCAUCACUUUCGAUGGAAGUGCUGACUUGGACAAACAGGAGGAAACCUUGAGAAUAAUAAUUCUUAUAUAUAUCUGGAUAUCAUCUGUCUUUGAUCAUUGAUCUUCGUUACCAUCAGCUACCGAAAGUGCCUUCAGGAGCUGAAAGGGGGAAAGCAAUAACUUCUCACAGGAGACGAUGAAUGUCGCCGCAAAUAUCAUCCUCCUGUCUAUCAUGACCUUGUUUGCUUCACGACACGUCCACGCCUACAGGAUAGCACGGCGACGUCGAACUGGUGCUCGAACCACCUUCCGACACACGACAGCCGAGUCGGCUUCAACAAGUAUGCCCCAGUGCGACCCGGCGACGUGCUGUAGUCUCAACGCCUGUCUUAAAUACGUGAUACAUCCAAAGGAUUUAUGUCCAGAAAAACAAGAUGAAGAAAUUAAAUUCCAACGUGAUUCGUUAUUGCCCGAUUCCACGUGGCCUUUUAUUCGACAGACCUCUGAAACCGGUGUCCGCUUCCCACCUUGGUUACCCGCCUCAUCGUCAUCCUCAUCAUCAACGAAAUAUCACCACGACUCCCCCUUUACACACCUCACAGAAGAGCAAGAGUUUAUAGCGCGGACUUAUUACAGCAGAUUUUUUCGAAGGCGGGACCAGUUACCGCCCAUUCCCAAUGACGUAUAUUACAGCAAUGCAGACAGUCCGUCGAUUCUUUCCAAGAGGACGAGUGAGGGCGUAAGAUCAAAACGAUCACUCAGCUACGUGUGUCCCAGAAACGAGCAAUGGGAAGAUAUCAUGCUCGCGAUCAAUGCCGAUGACCAACUCGUUCAAAUGGUGCAGCUGAGUGAUUCUAGACAAUGGUUGCUAACCGAGAGUUGCCAGUACGCCCGAUCCCCCACCAUCAGCAACGUCAUCUGUCAGGAAGUUGUCAGACUCGUUUCUGCAGUCAUCGUCGACGACGCCACGGACCAGGUUCGAAACGAGUACAUCAAGGUCCAUUGUUGCGUUGGGGUCCAGGUCGACUAGGUCGAGGACGUCGACAAAGCGCCCGUUAACCACGUGAGCACCAAGGAAGAUGGCCGCUUAACAAACAAAUGAGUGUUUGUGGGAUGGUAAUCUUGGAGCCACAAAAAAGGUAGUGGUGAUCCUACAACCUAGGCUGAAUAUAUCCUGAUGUCAUCUAUGGUAGAAGCCCAUAAAGAGAAUAUUCUCUAAUCUGCAAAGUCCGCUGAUGGCAAUUGAGACACCAAGUCCGUGAUUUAACCUUCGGAAUGGUUUUAUUUUCUCCCAUAUGUUGCUAUAUGUGAUUGUUUAAAUGUGAACAACCUUUGUCUUUUAUAACGAUUUUCUAAUCUGGAGUUGUUUGUGUUUUCAAUGACAACCUAACGGUUGCAAUAGGGAUACUCUUCGAUUUGAGAAUAAUAUUGAUUAUGGCAAACAUGUGGCCCGAAUUCACAAAGGAGGUUUGUCGACAAACCGUGGUUUUCGUACGUCAUAUGACGCGUUUUACGCGUUUUUUACAAACCUGGUUUGUAAAGAACAAAAGGAGGUUUGGCGAAACAAAAGGAGGUUUGAGCUCAAACCUUGGUCUGAGCCUAAACCUUGCUUUGUGAAUUCGGCCAUCAAGUCUGCAUGUUCGCAUAAAUUGGGAACGACCUUCAAGAAAAUGUUCAUCUCCAAUUAUAUAGUGAUAUACAACGAUAUACAACAUUUAAAAGACAAAUCUAUUGCGACGUCAAAGGCAAAGGGUCAACUUUAAUAGCGCAUUGUGACUAUAAUAUUAUUGUAGAGAUUCUUCCCUAUCGUGACUGAAGGUAAUAACUAUAAAUUUGCAAGACAUUAAAGCAAUAGGAUGUAUCAAAACAAGAUUAUGGCAUUUUAUCUGAUAUUAUCUGACUCCUAUACAUCAGUAAAUAAAAAAAGAUUCGUUUCAAUUUGUUUAGUCUUCAAUCAUUAGUUUGUUGAUAAAAAGUGCAAAUUUCAAAGAGAAUUAAAAUUCCUAAAAUAUAAAGGUUGUUGUAAUUAACUUAGAUGAUGUGUACUUUAACAUGAUAAUUUCCUUGUUCCUCGUGGGUGGAAUAAAUCUGGCCGGCCACUUAAGUUAUUCUUUAAAAAAUAAUAAUUAUAAUGUGAGUCGAUCGCAUGUGCGCUACUCAGUAAUCGGAAAUUUGAUGAGUAGUAACUUAUAAUUUCCUUCUUUGUUUUACAUUUUAAUUGAAAACAUGGUAGCUUCAAAAGGUUUCUUGAGGUAUUUAUACCCGAAGCUGGAUUGACGGCAAAUGUAUUCAUCAUCUGUAGUAGAAAUAUUAUUCAUAGGGUGUGGAUAAAAGUAACAAAACUCGAAGCGUGGGAUUCGCUAUUCUGUUUUUUUCUCCAAGCCCGAUGCAUCGGUUUGAAAAAGAAAUGUCGUAUUUGUCUAUGUUAAUUACUGUCAUGUAACUUUUUUGUCAGCACUUUAAUAUAAUUAAAAACGAUUUCGUGUAAGUGUUCAUGUCAGACAAUCGUGCUUUCCAGAUCAAUGCCAGUCGAUCUAUCAAUGCAUUUAUUCUAUGUUAUCUGUCCUUGAAAAACAAAGAGAUGUGGCUUUUUUUAGUUUAAGUUCAAUCAAACGUUUUAAGCGAGCCGAUGAAAUAAAGAACCUUGUAGUAAAUAUUUUCACACUGAUGCGAAAGGAUUCUCUGCUGAAAUUAGCUGGCUUUGAGAGGCAGAGAUUUUUUCUGAUUGAGUUGUGAUUACGAAUUCAUUUGAAAUGUAUGAUUAUGAUUAAACAUGUGAUUUCUUGCACAUUCCAGCAUAACGUCUAA